GGCGGAGUCUGCGCAGGAGCGGGCCCGGCGUCGCGGUCGCCCAGGUGAUAAUCUUCAGUAGUCAAGAUGUCUUCAGGACCUGAGCCCCCAGCAGUUAAAACAGAACCAUCGAAAGAGAGAAACUUUGAAAGGCCAGGCCUUCGAGGGACACACACAACAGCGUUAUUCCGAGCUGUGAACCCAGAGCUCUUCAUUAAACCUAACAAACCUGUAAUGGCCUUCGGACUGGUAGCCCUUUCCUUCUGUGUGGCUUAUAUUGGUUAUCUGCAUGCAACACAAGAGAACAAGAAGGACCUCUAUGAAGCUAUGGACAGUGAAGGACAUCGGUACAUGAGGAGAAAAACAUCCAAAUGGGAUUAACGUACAGGCUCCUUCUGAUGGAGUGCUGUUACAACUCUCAAGUCUUUAAAUGAUGUCGACUUUAUUAGUGUGUGGGAUUGUAUUUCUUGUUCCAUAAUCCGUUAACAAGAGAAGGUAUAUAAUUUGAAAGUAACCCACUGUGGUAAAUUUAGUUCUUUUAAUUAUUAAAUUUUGCAUAAUAAAAGAACCAGUACUGUUAAAAAAAAA